AUGUCAGGAAGAGAGAGUGCUUCAGACGAAUCCCAAUUACCCACACCCGCAUCCACUCCAGCUCCAUUCCAAGAGGAGAUCGACAAGACAAACGCCAAUUCUCAGCUCGAAGACCAGUCGGACCAUUCUAGCUCAGCGGAGACAGCUCAAUCAUCUCAUACAGUAACCCCUGCUGGCCAAGAUCCGAGUCUAGUAAUGGCGUCUAAUGACCCCAUAGAUACCGAUACCCCUGCUCAGAGGCAAUCCAUCAAAAUGAACUCAAUCCUCCGUAAGAUAGCGAUAAGUACUAAACUUACUGCUUCCAACUACACUGCUUGGUCAGAUGGAAUACGCUUCGGUUUAAUGGCAACCUCAUAUGAUCACUACCUCGAUUCAGAAGAUGCCGGAGGACAGAUCGAUGCCGAGAUUGUUUUUGCAACCAAGAAGGCUAUUUUUUUCUGGCUUCUUGCUAGUAUCGAAUCCACGCAGUCCACCCGGUUCAUAUCAAUGAUAUCCAAAUUUGAGAACGGAAUCAAGUCGACUACACCUUCACCGUCCCUUCUAUGGAAGACAAUCCGAGACUAUCAUAUAAGCAACUCGGAAUCAGUCAAACUCAUGCUCUGUAGUGAGAUUACUGACUUAUCUCAAGGAUCCACCAAAGACUUAAUCGAUUACAUUGAUAUCUUUAGAUCAAAAGUAGAUGCAUACCUUGGAUCGAAUGGGGAAAUGUCUGAAGAAGAGCAAGCACGUCAAUUUGUCAGAUCACUCAACCGCGAGUGGGCUGAGAAAGGCUGCGACCUUCUGGAUGCCGGGCAUGUGAAGUUUAGAAAUCUAAAAACUGAGCUCAAGAAAACUCACCAGACUCGUAAGAUGUUCUCAUCCAACCGACAACAGUCCAGCCGAAUCGCCGAGACAUCAGAAUCCAGUCAAGGAAAUUGA